ACGUAUUCCGACGGCCGGUGUCGUGUAUUUUGCAGAUUCACCAUGGCGUUGAAAGAGACCGCAGGACUGUAUGAGACGCUGAAAGCGGAAUGGAACAAGAAAAACCCCAAUUUGAGUAAAUGUGGAGAGCUUCUGAGCAAACUGAAGGUUUCAUUACUGGAGCUGAACUUCCUCCCCACCUCUGGGUCUGCUCUCACGAAGCAACAGCUCAUAUUGGCUCGUGAUGUUCUUGAAAUUGGAGCGUUGUGGAGUAUCCUGAAAAAGGACAUUCCGUCCUUUGAGAGAUACAUGGCCCAACUUAAGUGUUAUUACUUUGAUUACAAGGAUGAACUGCCUGAAGCUGCCUACAUGCACCAGUUACUUGGGCUGAAUCUGCUCUUCCUGCUGUCACAGAACCGUGUGUCUGAAUUUCACACAGAACUUGAGAGACUGAGUGCACGAGAUAUCCAGACCAAUGUAUACAUCAGACACCCAGUGUCCUUAGAACAGUACUUGAUGGAGGGAAGCUACAACAAGGUGUUUCUUGCCAAAGGCAAUAUACCUGCUGAGAGCUACACCUUCUUUAUAGAUAUUCUGCUUGACACAAUUCGUGAUGAAAUUGCGGGUUGCAUAGAGAAGGCAUAUGAGCAGAUCCAGUUCAAUGAAGCCACCCGUGUGCUUUUCUUCAGUUCGCCAAAAAAGAUGACAGAGUAUGCCAAGAAGAGGAGAUGGACUUUGAGUCCAGAUGGAUAUUAUUCUUUCACCAGUCAGCAGCAGCGGACAGAAGAGGUGACCAUCCCCUCCACAGAGCUGGCACAGCAGGUCAUCGAAUAUGCACGACAGCUGGAAAUGAUUGUGUAAUCCGCCCCCAGAAACACACUCGACCAUGUACAGACGCACUCAGACACACACCACUAAUCCAGUAUGCAUCCAGUCCGCUCAGAUACAGUCUCCUGAGGGAAAUGGCUUCAUUUAUUGCCAGAGUGGUUGAUUUGUUGUCCAUACCUAAGAACAUUUUUCUUAAAUAUAUCUACAGGUCAUUUGCUUUCAUAUAAAAGGGAGGAAUUAAGAGUAUUACACAGGACCAGUCUAACAGUUGCAUAAGUACAUUUUAUAGUUUCAUAUAUUAGAAUUGAUCAUUUUAUCCAAAUGCCAUCUGUCCUACCAUGUGACAGAAAACGAGAAAGACUAUUACAGCUACAACAGAGUUCAUUAUAGUCACCAACCCGUGACUUUGCCUUUCAGUGUCACACAAAGCUGUCAACACAAUUCAUUUUGUCCAGCAUUUUAUCCAACUCUUUGUAUACAAAGUUCAUUUUUUUUCCUUAUUGGAUCUCACAGAACUGUAGUGCUCUGCCUUGUAUCCUAGCAACUGACAGAAUUGCCAGUGAAGUUUGUGAGUGUUUUCUUAAUGGUAAUGCUUCUUCCUUCCUAGAUGGUUUGUAAUCCAGUUAAUCUUACAAUGUAAAUCUUUGUCUGCAAUAAAUGAUUGACAAAAUAAACUUUUUGACUGUGA